CCAUUCUUCUCGGGACUUCCUUCUUGUUCUUCAAUUUAUUAUACGAUGUGUAUUUCUUUUUCGCGCCGUUAAUGGUCGAUAAUGUAACGAUGAAUACGUCGCUUGUACUGAAUAGCGUGAUUUGGACAAUCUUUACUCUGUAUCCGCUCGGAUUGUUGACCACCCUAGUGACGAAACUGGAGAACGAGAUCGGACGAACCGGUGGUAUCGUGCAUGCAUUGCUGAAUUAUUCGAUCGAUAGAGAAGCGAGAACCGAGUUGCUGCAUCGGCAGAUCAAGUUCACGGCCAUUGGAUACUUUGUUCUAGACAACACCCUUUUUCAAUCGGUGAGCUAAUCAAUAAUUAUCGAUCUUGUUAUUUUAUUUCUUCUUUUUUUUUCUU